UGGCAUUCGCUUCUUCCUAUUUUCAUCGUGUUUGUUGGAGCUUGGUUGGUUGGUGCCGUGUAUUCGCGUUUUCUCUCGACAUUUUCCGUAGUAUCAGUAGCCCUCUACGCAAAUACAACGAAACGCAUCGAAAGUGGUCCGUGUCACGAGUUUUCAGUUGCCCACGACAAAAGCCGUGGAGUCGGGUCGCAAAUUUCAUUACUCUGCUGGUUUAGAUGUGACCUAGUUGUUCCCAUUUGUGUGAAGUUGAAGUGAAUACAAAACAAGUGCGCAAUAUUAUUGAAAAACAACACAUCGUUCAAUCACACGGGCUUUCUGCUUUCUCUAUUUACGCUCGCCCAGUGGCUACUACGUUCUACGCCAAAGUGUGCAAAUUUCAAUCGGCGCUAGUGCAAAAUAUAGCCUGAUUCGUUCUGGCUCUUUAAAAAACAAAAGCUCGUGUUGAAGAAGAAGUAUCAAUCUACGAUCUGCGAUAAAGCACAUCCUUGUGAAUCGGGUGAAAGAAGGAAAACCGCAGUGACAACAAUAGUUCGUUCUUGUAUAUGAAGUCUCUCCCCGGUAGAGGUUGCGACUGGAUUUGACAUGGCCGGUAAUGGCGAAACAUCGUGGUGCUUUUCACAGAUAAAGGGUGCCCUGGAUGAUGAUGUUACCGAGGCCGACAUCAUUUCCUGCGUCGAGUUUAAUCACGAUGGCGAACUUUUGGCCACCGGUGAUAAAGGAGGACGGGUUGUUAUAUUUCAGAGAGACCCCUCCUCGAAGGCAUCGACACCGCGGCGGGGCGAAUACAAUGUGUACUCCACCUUUCAAUCGCACGAACCAGAGUUUGAUUACCUGAAGUCGCUUGAGAUCGAGGAGAAGAUUAACAAAAUCAGAUGGCUGAAGCGAAAGAAUCAGUCCCACUUUCUGCUCUCGACCAACGACAAAACGAUCAAGCUGUGGAAGGUGUCCGAGCGCGACAAGCGCGUCGAGGGGUACAACACGCGGGAGGACAAUGGGAGCAUUCGCGAUCCGGCCUCGAUCAAUGCACUGCGCGUACCGUCGAUCAAACCGAUGGAUCUGAUGGUGGAAGCGUCCCCGCGCCGCAUCUUCGCGAACGCACACACCUACCACAUCAAUUCGAUCUCGGUGAACUCUGACCAGGAAACGUACCUGUCGGCGGAUGAUCUGCGGAUCAACCUGUGGCAUCUAGAAAUUACGGACCAGAGCUUCAACAUCGUCGACAUCAAGCCGGCCAACAUGGAGGAGUUGACGGAGGUGAUCACCGCGGCCGAGUUCCAUCCGACCGAGUGCAACGUGUUCGUGUACUCGAGCAGCAAGGGUACAAUUAGGUUAUGUGAUAUGCGCUCCUCGGCGCUAUGCGACCGGCACGCGAAGCUGUUCGAGGAGCCGGAGGAUGUGGAUAUAACAAACAAAAGCUUUUUCCGCGAAAUAAUCAGUUCGAUUAGCGAUGUGAAGCUGAGCAACUCCGGCCGCUACAUGAUCUCGCGGGACUAUCUGAGUAUUAAGGUGUGGGAUUUGCACAUGGAAACGAGACCUAUCGAAACGUAUCCGGUUCAUGAAUACCUCCGUACGAAGCUGUGCUCGCUGUACGAGAAUGAUUGUAUCUUCGACAAGUUCGAGUGUUGCUGGAACGGCAACGAUUCGGCAAUUAUGACCGGCAGUUACAACAACUUCUUCCGCAUCUUUGAUCGCAACACGAACAAGGACGUCACGCUGGAAGCGUCGCGCGACAUCAUCAAACCGAAGACGGUGUUGAAACCGCGCAAAGUGUGCACCGGCGGCAAGCGGAAAAAGGAUGAGAUCAGCGUUGACUGUUUGGCCUUCAACAAGCGGAUCCUGCACACUGCUUGGCACCCGCUCGAAAACAUCAUCGCCGUGGCCGCAACCAAUAAUUUAUUCAUAUUUCAGGAUAAGUUUUAGCCAAUAGUAAUAGUAGUAGCGAGGAUAAUUAUACAUUAUUCUAAUUGUAAUGAUGAUGAUUAUAAUUAUUAUUAUUACUGAGCUGAGUUUCCUGGGCAGGAAGAGAAGACGGGGGCAGAACGGAGGAAGGGUAGCGUCGUCGCGAGUAGCAAGACGCGCAACAUAGCCUGGCAUAAUACUGUGUAAAGCGGCAAACCGUGCGUGAGUGAAAAUCACGAUCAUUUUCGGAACAGUCAAUAAUGUACGCGUUUGUGGAGCGAGCGAGCGAGAGAGAAACAGAGACAUGCUUAGAACAGAGCUGAACAGUAGUAAGUGAAACAAUCAAUUGGCUGGAAGAAAUAACCCUAUGGCCGGGUGUUUCGGUAUGACGAAUAAGGUUUACUGAAAUAGUAGAAAAGCCAUACCCUUGUAGCUGGCGAUGGGGUUGAAUCUUUCCCAGGAGAGAGAGACAGAAUGUAUGUGUGUAUAAUAAGUGUGGCCACAACGUUAUAGCUAGGAUAGACGAUGUAUGCGAGUGAUCCCCGAUUUGCUUUAACUUGCGCGCUACAUGCUAUUGACAAAAGGUGCGAGAAUCGGCUUUACACAGUUUACAUUUUUGCACGAAAAGAUCAUCGAAAUGUGUCUUUUGGUCUCCUUGACCGAUCAGGUCCUGGAUCUUUAUCCCGUCAUGCUCGUCAGCCAUAUGCUCAGUACGGUAAAAUUUUCGAUUUUGUUUAGCAUGGUUCAUUCAUUUUGUUUUCUUCAUUUGCCAUACGGCACUUUCUCUCUUCACGCGUCGUCCCUACAUCCGUGGCCUAGUACUAGUAGUCCCAGGAAACAAGCAUAAAGCAAGAGCAAUCCCCGAUCGUUAUCUGCCCUUCCCAAGCCAGAACAAUAGUAUCCCCAGGAGUGUUGGCUUCAGCGGCACGGCGCGGCACUAUAUACAAACAGAGGAACAAUAACUACUGAAACGCCAUGCAUAUGUUUUCGAGUGCGGGUACAAUGAAUGUGUGUGAUUGGGCAAAGGUGAAUGGCGAGAGUGCGUGAGAUUGUGUGAGUGCGGUGAAGUGUUUGCGCAGCAAGAUCAGAUAGAAGAAGAAGCACUGCGUGCUUGGAAUGAUAAGAGUGAGCAUGAUAAAGGAAGUACAUCGUUAAUUCUAGAUUCUAGUGAAAUAAACCAGUUAGGGCGAUGUUUUUUUUUUUUCUGGGGGAUUGAAUGUUUCUAGAGACGGAAAUGGAGAUGAAAAAAAAAGCAUAAACGUGUAAAAAGAACGAUAAGCCCCCACCCCCCUAAGUGUGCGUGCGUGCGUGCGCCACGAUGAUAAGCAUCUGGAAAAGCUUUGCACAUAGUGAAAAGAAAGGAGAGUAUCAACAAAACAAAACAAAAAAUGCGAGGAAACGAGGGAAGCCAAACGCAAUCACUUGGGGAGGAUGAAAGCACGAUCAUAUAGUCAAAAUCAGUCCUAAGUUUUGAUUCCUUCAGGCAUUUUGAGGCAUUUUCAACCUGUCAAACUGUACUGUUGCCUAUCAUCGAUUAUCACGAAAAGCUAUCGUUAUCAAUGGGGGGAGGUAUUACAAAGCAAAAACGAAAAACAAAAACACACAUAAAAGAUACGGGCAUAAUUAUACAUAUAAAUGAAUCACACAGCAAAUUGUGUUUCUCAGAACGCGCGUAACAGACGCCCCCCCCCGGGGGGACACAUCUCGGACAAACUGAAAUCAACGCAUCAAAAGGUUAAUUAAGGAAGGCUAAGAGAAACUAUCGUACUUCGCAGCUCAAUAAUGGUUAAAGAAAACUGCAAACAAUCGGCAGCGGUUGAAACGUAAAGGUUUUGAACGGCGUGUGAAAUCGGAAUUCAAUUACCCUUAGUUGCUUUCAGUUUUUGCUCAUUUUCAUUUUCAAAAUGAAACAUGAUUGUAAAAAGAUAAAAAAAGUGAGCGUGCGUAUGUGAAAAACUUGUCACAAACACUCAUUUGCCCACCAGGAGCGGGUCGUCUAUUCCAAUUGUGCAUCCUUCCUGAGGGCAAGCAAACAAGCAUUGAGAUUACAGGACAGCAUAUUAGCCAUUUUUUUUGUUGUUGUUACGUUUUGACUGGCGAUGAUGUAUGAGAGGGUGUGGAAAUUGAUAGAAGGCAGCGUGUAUGAGUUAGUUAUUUGCGAUAUGUGAACAGAAGUAAUUGACGUAAAUUUCCUUGGCUUGGGAGGACUACAGCAUCGGUUGAACAGGGAGCUACAUCGGAACGAUUGUACCGUCGAAGAACAAUCUAAGCACCGAACACCGCAAGCUCUUUGUUCCGAGGAAUCGAGCGUAAUAUGAGCUAAAGAAACUG